UCACUCACACACAACCACAACCACACACACACACACACACACACACACACAGUUACCAGCCCCACCCCACCUCCAUCCCCCAGUCCACUUGUCAGCGGAAAUGCCUGGCUGAACACUGCAGGUAGUUCCUCGUAGCAGCAGCAGGUAAACUUUCGCACUCAGGUGGGACUGAGAACACUAGCUAUAACUGAGUCUGCUCUGUUUCAGUUCCCUGAUCUACAGCUGAGACCUGGACCAGUGGGAGAGUUCCUCAUUCCUGCUGUUUUUCCCUCUUCCCAUUCGCACAAGCUUGACUCAGGGGAUCUUGACUCAUGCUCUCAUCCAGAUUUUGAGAAAGAGGAACUCAUGUGAGAAUGGGGUCAGAUGAGGCCUACAACUUUGUCUUUAAAGUGGUGCUGAUAGGGGAGUCCGGCGUAGGCAAGAGUAACCUGCUCUCACGCUUUACCAAGAAUGAGUUCAACCACGACAGUCGGACCACCAUUGGCGUGGAGUUCAGCACCAGAACUGUGCAGCUAAACAGCUUGACCAUCAAAGCCCAGAUAUGGGACACAGCCGGACUGGAGAGAUAUCGUGCCAUCACCUCAGCGUAUUACCGCGGGGCCGUCGGAGCGCUGCUAGUUUAUGACAUUUCAAAGCACCUGACCUACGAGAGCGCAGAGCGCUGGCUGAAGGAGCUUUACGACCACGCGGACCCCCACAUAGUGGUCAUGCUGGUGGGCAACAAAUCAGACCUGGCAUCGAUACGGUCUGUGCCAACAGAGGAUGCAAAGGAUUUUGCAGAAAAAAAUGGACUCCUGUUUAUGGAAACUUCAGCCUUGGAGUCAACAAACGUGGAGAUCGCCUUCAACAGCGUCCUGGAGGAAAUCCAUAAGAAGGUGAGCAGUAAAGAGGUCACCCGCGGGUCAAUCAACGCCGUGUCACUGUCCAGCCCCCAGCCUGCGCAGUCCGACGCACAGGAAGAGAAGAAGGCCUGCUGUAAGAACUUGUAGGACGUUCUUGAGAAACAGCAGAGAGGCAGAGAGGACCAGAAGAACUUCUCCAUCAUCAUCCAUGAAUGGACAAAGGGCUCUUCCAUUCACUUUUAAUCCCCAAAAAUUCAUAGGAACCACUUUUUCGAUGACUGACAUAACCUGAUGUAUUCUGCAUGCCAUGUGACGACUGCAUGACUGUCAUGAGAAAGUAUUUUUGUAUGUCUUAUUGUUUCACAAUUCUUAAAAAAGUUUAAAAGUUUUUUUUUGACCUGAUCUCUAUUGACUUCAUCUGCAUAAUAGAAUAGAUGACCAAAGACUAGGUGUUCAGUACUCUUUUGUAUAAUAACAGAAAACCCUUUUACUUAAAUUAGACUUAAAAUUGAAGCCAGUGGGCAGUUGCUGAAUUCUAUGAAUGAUUUUGAGAUACAGUACCAGUCAAAAGUCUGGACACACCUUCUCAUUCAAUGGUUUUCUUUAUUUCUUUCUUUAAUUUAUUUUCUAUAUUGCAGAAUAAUAUUAAAUAUGUGAAAACAAUCAAAGGAGACUUUUGUUGUAGUAAAACAUGAUAAAAAGUACUAACCUUUGUUGAAUAGCACACCUCCGUUCUCCCACAGCGUUCUGAGAUCCAGUAAUUCUGUGCUGUUUGCCCAGCACUUUUUACAAAAGGGUGCUUCAGAGCAUAAUUUGCACUGAUAAGUCACUUUUUACACCAUUAUCCAGGCUCAAACUAGCUCCACACCUCAUUAAUAGAAUCUGGAGAGCCCUGGCAUUUAAAACGAGGCAUUAAUAACUUUUUUAAAAAGUGCAAAAGAAGCUUAUUAAAAAACACUAUUUACAACCUGUAACACUAGCUUCAGCUCUGGGAGCCGUCAUCACCGUAUUGGUUAAGGGACACAUAUGGAAUUAUGUAGUAAACAGUAAAAAAAAAAAAAAAAAAAAAAAGUGUUUGUCCUCCACAAUCCCCUGAUCAACUGAGAUGUAGGGCGUGAAGAAAGAGCAGCAACUAUUGUUCAGCACCUCCAGGAACUCCUUUAAAACACUGAGAAAACACUCUUGGUAUUUAUAAAAAUCUGUUUAACAAACUCAAAAUCAGCGUCAGCUUUAAUGUCUUCAAUAUUAAAUUUACAAUGUAAAAAAUCAAAAAAAGAAAAAAAAAACACUUUGAAUGAGAAGAGGUGUGUCCAAACUUUUGACUGGAUAUAUAUGUGUGUAUAUAUAAAGGGAAUCCAAGGCCUUAACAACUGUUACACUCUAACAAUGCAAAGCAACUGACCAAAGCUCUCAAUUCAUUUUUUCUGAGUGCAGACCUUAACUUUAACACUACAUUUCCCUUUAAAUGCCACUUUUUAAUUAUGUACAUUACAAACUGAGCAAAUAUUAUAGUAUAACGACUACUGCGCUGGCCUGUGGGAUGUGGGUGGGGUUUCUGCUAGAGUCGCUUGUCUGUUGUCUGCUUACGUGGACAAUUCUAGCCAGAUGCCGCCAGUCACCAUUAUUAUCCACUGCACUGUCCACUGUGGGUGGUAAUGCCUUCUGUGACAUAUUUUCUGUACAUGUGUGACACUGUGAAUGCCAUUACAUCACCACCAGAAUAUAUUCAUUUACAAUGGUUUCUGUCAAGGGAUGAAUAUAUAUAUAUAUUAGGCAGCAAGUGAACAGUCCAAAAUAAGACAGCUGGUGAAGUAGUGACCAAAGCUCAAUAAUUUAACACAUAGAGACCCUAACUCACAAGCACAGGACACAUGUAUUAAAAUCUUCAUAUGUGGGAAUCUGUCAUUAUGAUACAGAUGUGGUGGACAGAGAUUGUGUUUAAGAAAUGUUGAAAUAUUUCCUUUAAAAAUGAUUUAUCUGCCUAUCCUAAUGUGUCCACAUGCAAACCAGUGUAUAUAAAUAUGUGAGGAAGAUGCCAUUCAUGGAACUCUACAAUAUGAUCUUUUAAUUUUAAAUAGUGAGAUCAGAUUAAAUAUAUUCCUUCUUGUUACACUAAACUGUUGAGUCUGAAUCAUUAUGUAAUAUUCGUAGCAAAUUAUAAAUAAAAUUAAAUGCACCCAUAUAGAUUUACUGUUUUAUCAGAGAGCUUUGAGUGCUGUUAAAAGAUGAACAUUAUCAAGGAAAAGGUCAGCUUUAAUACUAAUAAAUAAAUACCACAUUA